AUGAAGAGAUGUCACCCAUCUCAUCGUCACAUUGUGGCCCGCUGUGGGGCUGCGGCGUGUGUCGACCUCGCAGACGCAGCCAAAGCUGCUGCCGCGGAGGAGGGUAACUCCGACGACGCAGCGGUGACAUUGCACACUCCGUUUGCGGACGUUUCGCGGUUGCACGUUGGCGCACCUGAAGAGGCGGUACGCCGAAUAUCGUUAUUUUAUCGCCCCGAGGUGCAUGCAUACGGCCUGCUCAGCGCGGCGGUCAUCCUUGAUGAGGCGUACAGACGCGGUAUUCUCGAGCGCAGGGUGGAUCCGGCGAAGUUCCUGGUUCAUCCUAUGGCACUCAUCCGUAACCCCUCUAUGUUCUCACAGUUCUUUGGUGCCGACAGGGCGCCUCUAUUCUCCGACCUCCUUUGUGACCUUCUUGCUCAGCAUGACGCCGCCCAAUCCCCGCUUGUCCUCGCCUGUCGCUCGCAAAGCGUGAACGCAGGAAGGUGGAUCCCCUUCUUGCGUGGGCUUAGCCUCUGUGUGGCUGCGAGUGAUCCUGUUGCUUCGCAGGCAACGACUGUCAUUGAGGAUUUGCUUCUGGGCGGCGGCGGCGGCGGCGGCACGCACAACAGCCUGGCAGUCCCGGGCGACUACCAUGACCGAGGCGUUUCAGUCGCCGAUAUGCUCAUGGAGGCGGCAGUGGAGUUCGGCCUGAUCAGCCUCUCGCUGCUGAGCCUGUCUGUGUACCGCCAGUUCCUCCCCGAGACGCCGUACGCGGUCAGCAAGCGCUUCGCCCUCUGCACCACGAGAAGUGAGAGGCGGCAGCUGGACUGGAACGUGCGGUGCCUCGCGGCGAGGCGGCGCAGGCGCUAA